UAGUGGCUCGAACAAUCAAUGCCAAGGGGCCGCUAAACGCCGGAACCGCGACAAGAAUAGCGCCGAAAUCCCGCCUUCACCUUAUCGCAGAGACUUUCAGACAACCGUCCUUUCACUGGAGCACAAUCGGUUAGGUUUUGUCUUCGCGUAUUACUAGUAUCGGAUGUUGGACGCCUGAUCUUGAUGCGACAUCAUUAAACGAGGAUAAAAACUACAUCUCGUCCCGGUCGUUACUGAUCCGCAACAAGGAGAGGCUAGUGUUCGAGGAAGCUGAUGGAACGCAUCAGCAACUGAUGAAUCUCAACCUUUCUCCUUUAUAAGUUUACAUUUUUCUCAUCAUAGCCAUAAUCUACUGUCGCCAUCAUGGGUGUUCCGGCAUUGUUUCGAUGGCUCUCCAACAAAUACCCCAAGAUCAUCUCCCCGGUCAUUGAAGAGUUGCCCUACGAAGUCAACGGCGAAGAGGUUCCCGUUGACGCUACUAAACCAAACCCCAAUGGAGAGGAGAUGGAUAAUCUCUACUUGGACAUGAAUGGUAUUGUCCAUCCAUGUACCCAUCCUGAGGGCAAGCCGCCACCGGCGAAUGAGCAGGAGAUGAUGGUGGAAAUCUUCAAGUACACCGACCGUGUGGUGAACAUGGUCCGUCCCAGGAAGCUUCUGAUGAUCGCUGUUGAUGGUGUCGCGCCGCGAGCCAAGAUGAACCAGCAACGAGCACGUCGAUUCCGAUCAGCGCAAGAGGCAAAAGAGGCGGAUGAAAAGAAGGAGGAGUUUCGCAAGAUGCUCGCUAAACAGAACGGCAACAAAGUGGACGAAGAGUUGCAGGAAGAGGUUGUCAAGAGAACAUGGGAUAGCAAUGUCAUCACUCCAGGAACGCCGUUCAUGGACAUUCUCGCUGCAUCUCUUCGCUACUGGAUUUCUUACAAGUUGAAUACCGACCCAGCUUGGGAGAAGGUACGAUAUUUCAACGGGUCUAAUGCGAACUCAUACUAACUAAUAUAGCUUAAAAUCAUUAUUUCUGAUGCGACUGUACCCGGAGAGGGCGAGCACAAGAUCAUGGAAUUUAUUCGAUCACAAAGGGCGGCACCCGAGCACGACCCGAACACUCGUCACGUUAUCUACGGAUUGGACGCCGAUUUGAUCAUGCUGGGUCUUGCUACCCAUGAACCCCAUUUCAGAGUAUUGCGUGAAGAUGUCUUCUUCCAGGAGUCUCGGGCACGAACCUGCCAUCUCU